CUUGAGAUUGGCACGAACAGUGUCCGCGUCGGACACUCGUACCAGCAGUAGAUAACGACGUAUCAACAAGAGUCAAGUUGCUGCAGUCUAGAGACUAGAGUCGCUAGCAGAAUCUUUUUUUAUAAUACUUAGUAAAUGGUUUUGUUCGUCAGAAGGUCGCUCAUAGCUUUAUUGAGCGGCUGGCUAGUUUCACUCGCCAACGCGAGAUUGUGGAUUGUCCUGGAGUCGCUAUUACCGGACUUUGACUGCAAGAGUUUUUCCGGAGUGAAGGUCGUACAUUGCCUCCGUUUGCUCGCUGCGAUCGAUCACUAGCACUGUCACCACUGGUCCUCAGGCUCAGUUUCGUUUUUGGUCGAGCUGCACACGCUCGGCGUGCAGAUAAAGAAGGAGGGCUAGAGCGCCAGUCAUGGCGCACUCCAUUGGUCCUUUGUUGCUAGUGGCGGUGGUGGUUAUGAUGGCUGUCCCGCUGGUCACAUCAGGACAACACUCAGACACGGACACGCACGAAGAGAAUCGCCGUGGGCGACCGGAAUCCGGGUCGCGGAGAGGACCAGGCCAGCACAUGCAGCGUGGCGGCGGUGGUGGUGGCCGUGGAGCGGGGCACGGAGCACGUGGCCGUCGCCCUCCCGGUGGUCGGCGAGCACACCGUCCCCCGUUUGACACCGACCGACAGAACAGAACCUACGGAGAGGACCAGCCGGCAGCCCGCCGGGGAGGUCGGCGCGGAGGUCGGCGCGGAGGUCCACGUUUCAGGUCUCUGCCAAACAACCGCAGUGCUGGAUUGGUGCUUGGCAAUGCACGCCCAUUCCUCACUCUCAAUACAACACGGUCACCAGACGGACGCCGUCCAGACAGACGCCGUCCACCACCACCAUGGAUGCGUCCGUCACCCUACAAUAAGUCUCCGAAGUCACACGGCAAGAGUCGCGGUGGCAUGGGCAGCCAGGAUCCUCAAUGCUCCAGUAAGCUGAAAUUGCUCAAGUCCUCCGUGAAGAGCAUCCUGCACAGAUACGAGAGCCACAGUGAGUUCUUUUUGAAGCUGUUGCGAGGUUCAAGCAACAUGUCCGAUUUCGACGUGCGCAGCAUAAUGGUCGGUGACGUCAAGGCCAAGUGCGACCAAGUUACGCUGUUUGUGAAGCAACUAAAGAAAUGCAAAAAAGACCCGUCCUCUAUCCUGAAGAGCUUGAAGCGGCGCUUCAAGGACGUCAAGUCCAAGCUACGCGGCUGUGCACGGCGGCGCAAUUUCUGCUCCCUGGAAGAGAUGUGCGAAUGUGGUUCACCUACGGCCAACUCAUCUCAGUGCUCCGAACUGCGGUUGGGCAUGGGCUUAUCAAAGAAGAUGUCCCGUGAGCAGCAUGUGUCGUGGAGGAUCUUUCGACACUGCCGUCACUUUGGCACACUGACGUGUGCCGCGUAUAAUGCUGGCCUUUCGGUCGAUUUCGACUCCAGCGUUAGGUGCAAUGGAAGAGGCGACGGUCAGUCUGUAAUCCCUCUUAAGGUUAAUCACACCUUUCCUGACUGGCCACGUUGGACACACCGGCGGCCAAAGAAGCCAGUUGCUGAUUCUGAGGAGAGCAGCGAGGACGGAGAGAGUUUGGACGGCGGCCCGGCCAAAGAGGGCCAUGGCGGUGGAGAGCAUCAUGAACCCCACACUCGUUCUCUGUUGGUGCUGAAGUGCAUCCUCGGCGUUGCAGUUGGUGGCUUCAUUGUCAUAUUUGUCCUGUACAUUCGUCACGUGCGUCGUCGCCGCAUGGCGUACGGUCAGCACUGCGGCUCCAAGUCGUCUGUAUCGACGACACUGACGGAUACUGGCGAGUACUAUGUCAAAAAGUCACCGCUGGAUUCCUGGGUUGAGAGCGCUGACAGCAUUUGCGAGAAGGAGGAGGUGAAAACGAUCGCCAAACACGGCUGGCACAAUCCUGUCUACGACGUCUUGGAAGAAGCUCAUGCCAAAGCCGAUGGUCCAGAAAGUGAGCUGUGAGGAAUGAAGAACCACCGUUAGACAGAACUGGCAACCAUUAAUCCUUGCCCAGGCUAAUACACAAUCAUGUCUAAUGCCCUUCUUUGUCUUCCGUUUUCCCAGCUGUGUUCUGCAUGCACAUGACUGUAUGGGUGUGAUGCACGCUUUUGCCUUGACUACUAGUAUCCUCGGAUAGCCCUGAAUAGCCACAUUCCACGUAUUCAGCCUGUAUUCAUCAGUUGAAAGAAAUGACUCUCAGUGUUUCGUCGUUCAAGUAGUUGAAUUCACAGAUUCAUGAUCCUCUAUUAAGUUGCAACACUACGUAUUAUUACGGAUUUGUGCUAGCGACUACGUAUAUUACCUUUUUUCCAUUGCUUGCUAGAGCACUGUCUAUUUCACAUCAUUAUUCACACAUCCAGAUAUCACUGUUGCCAAUGCUGCUUUUUUUAUUAAACGCGUGUGGCGGUACUGCUCCUUUUUCAAACUCUAUUUAACGCAUUGAUUUGAAUGAUAGUUUUAGCGGCGCUUGCACCCUGGCUUACUAACAUUAAGUUUUGGUAGCAUCAGGCGUCCUGUUCUUAGGACAAAGACUUAGAGUACGUAUCCCCGGCAUUAUGUACUCUUGCAACAAGUGGUGUACUUGUAGUGCUGUGAAGAAAUGCUUUCAGAGUGA